GGGUUGUCGAAUCGUUUGGGGUUCGGCCGGGUUAUGCCUCGGCAUUGCCGGCUCGGGGCUCUCUUUUCGUGGGAAUAGAUACACUAAUUCGUACUCCUAGGAGUACACUAGUUCAAUCCGUAGAUCCUCUCGAUUGUCUCUGACCAGUUGACCAGUUCCACGGCCGUGAAUCACCGCAAUCAUCAUGUCCGAACGGAUUAAGCAGAUCGCCCGUCAGCUCAACUACCCCAAAGGCUUGCUCGCGGGUCAGGUUGCCAUCAUCACGGGGGCUGGCCAGGGCAUCGGCGCCGAAUGCGCGAGACUGUUUGCGAACGAAGGAGCAAAAGUGGUCGUAUCAGAUAUUGACGCUGCCAAAGCAGAAGAGGUAGCCUCCAAGAUCAGGGCCAGAGGUGGCGAGGCACUCGCCGUCGCCGGGGACCUGCUCAAGGAUGAGUGCAUCAAGCAGCUGAUCCAAAAGGCGGCGGCGUUUGGCAACGGCAAGAUCCAUAUCCUCGUCAACAACGCCGGCUUUACCUGGGAUGCAGUCAUCCACAAGAUGACGGACAAGCAAUGGGACACGAUGCUUGCCAUGCACGGCACCGUUCCCUUCAAGCUCGUGCGCGAGGCCGCUCCGUACUUCCGCGUCAGGGACGGAGAGCCGCGCAACAUUGUCAACAUCUCGUCCACGUCGGGCCUGCACGGCAACGCCGGCCAGCUCAACUACGCCAUGGCCAAGGCGGGCGUCGUCGGCCUGACCAAGACCAUCGCCAAGGAAUGGGGCCCCGCGUUCGGCGUCCGCGCCAACACCGUCGCCUUCGGCCACAUCGAGACCAGGCUGACGGCCAACAAGGAGGCCGGCGCCUUCAUCGAGGUCGACGGGCAGAGGGUGGCGCUGGGGAUUCCCGCGAAGCAGAAAGCGGCUCCUGCCGGGGCGGUGCCCUAUGCCGACAUCCCGCUAAGGCGGCCCGGGACGGCCACCGAGGCGGCGAGUGCCGUGCUGGCAAUCGCGUCGCCGCUGAGCUCGUACAUUAGUGGGCAGACGAUCAGCGUGACCGGCGGCAGGAACAUGUAGCGGGGUUCCAACGGGGUCGAGUGGCUGGCCCCGUCUGUGACGAGCGGGCUGGCGGUAGUACUUGGUGCAGCAAAAGAAGACGGAAGGAUCCAGGUAUUAUGCAUGUUUAGGUGUUAUCUGUUUGCCUUCUCCUAGGUUGCUGCAACCCAAGCAACGCC